GAGCGGCGGUGCCGUGGGCUGUCCUGGCGUUGGCUUCCGCGAGGAUGGGGGGGCGCGAUGGGGACCUCGGGGCCCGGUUCGCGCCGGAGCCGGCGCCGGCUUGCUCGGGCCAGGCGGCCACCUCGGCCGGACUGUGGUGCCCGAUCUGCAGGCGUGUGCAGGUCGGCGACGGCCGAGCUCACACGGUCCGUUUCCCGUUUCUCGUCUUUCCUCUGCGCCUCCCGGACGCUCUGGGCGCAGCCUGCAGCCGCCGCACUCCGCGGCUGGCCCUAACAGCCCCGAGCGACCGUAGGACGCAAACCUGCCGGCACACCUGCACCCGGAGAACGAGGAGGAGCAUGCCUUGCCAGUGCUGCGCACAGCCCCUGCUUGUUUUGACCGAGCAUUACCUUGUUUGAAAAUAGUUACUGUGUUUAUUUUGAAAAUGGUAUUUUCAAACAUGUUGAGAAUGAUAGCACUUUCAAAUUCACAUGACUUUUUAAGGAAGAAAAAAAAAAAUCAGCCACCAUGGUGAUUUUUUUUUUAGGGUCAGCUAACUAAAUUAGAGUUGUACAUUUCAGUUAUGGAGACAGAACUUUAAUACAAUUACUGUUUUCACACUAUGGAAUUUGGGUUUGUUUUGCUUCUCUUGAUGACACACCAAGAAAGAAACGGGGUGUUGUGAGAAGCAGUGUUGGCACAUGGGAAGAGAAUGACCCCCCACCCUCGGCUUCUGCUUUUCUUGCGGCAGCCUGCAUUCGUAAAAUAAUUAAAAAACUUAAGAAAAGUUAUAUGGAGAUUUUAUAUCCAUAUAUAUUUUAUACUAAAAAGUCAUAAACUUAAAAUUGGACAUAGCUUAAUAUAAUGAUAAAUAAAAUUAGGGAUAUGUUAUAUAGGUUAAACUGUGGGGCCUGUUGUGUUCUCGGGAAAAGCUCCCCACUGAAUUUUAUUUUAUUAUUAUUAUUUUUUUUGAGAUUGAGUGUUGCCACAUUCCCCAAGGUGGCCUUGAACUCACCAUGACCCAGGCUGGCCUCAACCUUCUGCCUCUGAAAUCUUUAGUUCUAGACAUGACAUCAAACCUGGCCAGGAUUUUUGGUUUGUAGGCUCAUUUUGUCCUCAGGCCUGUGUUUUCUGUUUUUGUGAUCGUUUUGUGAUCGUAUGUAUCAUAAGCAUUUACCAAACUGUCUGAGUGAGACUCUGCCCCUGUGAUACCUAGCUUCUCCACCCUGCUGGGGUUAGUGAGGAGAGAGAGCCUUCACUCUGUGUACCUCAUCCUGGGAAUAAAUGACUGGCCCAUGGAAAUGUCAAGUUCACCGGCUCAGUGCCAGUUUCUAAGCUGUGCUACUACCCACACAGUUUACCAAAGAAAGUACAGCUCUUGAAAUCUGAUUGGCUCAGCUUUGCUUUGGGAGAAGGUCUCCCUACCUUUGUGGAGGGUAGCCCAGGCUGGUCCCGAAUUUAGGAUUCUCCUGCUUCCAUCUCCCAAGGGCUGGAUUAUAGAUUUGGUCCCUCAUCCUUCGAAUGUUUUGAUGUCACCUUCUAUAUACUCCCGGGAAAUAACUCUUAGAUAAUGAAAUACACUGCCUCUGGUAGUUGAAGAAUGUUUUUCAUAACCCAAGAUUAGUUCCUGGUUACUCUGUCUCAUUGACAGUUCUGCUUGUUUUGUGAACGGGAGCAAGUUUUCUUGUUCCUUAAUUUGUUGGCCUUUUCUCUCUCCUUUCACAUUCCCAUGCAGCCUUCCCAUGACCUCAGGCAUCAGGCUUCUGCACUGGGGAGGGGACCCCAGGCCUGCAGGUGACCCCACCUCUUUGAGCUGUCAUUGCAGCUUCACUGCCGGGCUCGUCUAGCCUUUUGGUAUUAGCAGUGGCCAAAUGUCCACCUUCAAUCCAGAAACCUUCAGUGUUUAAGGUUGAUCAGAUGUGUAUUCAUCUAGAUGAGGUUAGAUGUUUGGGGUUGUUUGUUUGUUUGUUUGAGUCAAGGCCUCUGACAGCCCUCCUCAAGCUUGCUGUGUAGCCAAAGACGACUUGGACUCCUGAUCUUCCUGCCCCCACCUCCCAAGAGCUGGGAUUAUAGGCUUGUGCUCUGUUUUCUGUUUAGUUUCUGGUGCUGAGGUGUUAAUCCAGGGCUUGAUUUAUGUCAGGUAAGCAUUGUACCACAGCCCUCUAUUCCGGCCUUUCUAAAACAUUUUUAUUCUGACUUUUGUAUGAGUGUUUUGCUUGUGAACCGAGUGUAUGCUAGGUGCCUGUGGAGGUCAGAGAAGGAUCCGAAUUCCCUGGAGCCAAACCUGGGCCUCUGCAAGAGCAACAAGUGCCCUUAACUGCUAAACUGAACCCAGGCUUAACGUAACUGAAUCCAGCCUUGAAACUUCUCUUCUAAAGUAGGAGCUCACUAAAUUGUCUGCCCUGUCCUCGAGCUUGUGAUCCUUCUGCCUCAGCUUCCCAAAUAGCUGUGGCUAUAGGAAAGUGCUAUCAUACCUGGCAUGUAUUAUUUAAACAGUUUUCCUCAUUUACCGCCAACUGCUUACAAAGAGGGAAAGAGGGUGUUUCUAAAGCUUCGCAUUUGCAAAUGUAAAGGAAGAUUAAGGUGGCUGAUGUCAAGGUGUGCACCCUGAGAAGAUGCACCACACAGAUCUGGUGUGAGGAAGUUUACUGGGGAAGAGAGAGGAGGACCUGGAGAAGGGGCUGAGGCAGCAAGGGAGCCCUGUAGGCAGGUGGGCUGGGAUAGAGCCACGAGGGCAAAGAAAUGGACAGGGACUCAGAGUUGGGCAAAAGGGGAUGAGAGCAGGAACAGAGAAAGAGCUGAGGUGACAGGAGUCCUUAUAUCCCUGCAUGCACCUGGUAGCAGCAAGUGUUGACCAGGUGAUGAUGUAAGCAGUUGCUAGGGCCCUGAGAGCAAGCCAGCAGAAUUGCCUGUGUGCUGACAGGGACCAGCAUCCCAUCCCAUCCACCAUACUGGGGACUAAACCUGAGCCUGCUGUCUGCUAGGCCAGGCCUCUGCCUGUGAGCUAUUUCCCAGGCUGUAACCCAGGCUCACCCUGAUCCUCUGCCUCUCCUCAGCAGUUUGCCUAGUGGCUACCAAUUCUUGAGAACUACUCUAUCCUAGGACUUAUUUUUCAAGCCCAACUUGAGUCCCUUUCUCAUUCAGCAAGUGCUUUAGGAGCUUGAGUGAAAGCAGUAAGGAAACAGAUCAUCUCGGAUCACAGUGCCAACUGCCUGAACACACCUGGGAAGUCCUAGUGUAAGGGGUGCACAGCGUGUGAUCAGCCCUGGAGUCAGACAGCAGGGGCCAGGCCCUGCCCUCCUCCUGCAGUGACACGGAACUUUACUGACUUCAUGCACACCACCUCCUUCCUCAUUCUGUGGAGGAAUUAGAUGCAUGGGAUUGCAGCAGAGGCGAAAGUGAGGAGGAUAGGAGAGCUUUGUGUGUGCCUAGUCAAGAAUGCUUCCAAGAUUGGCUUGGCCAGGCUUAGGGCGGUGGGGAGGAAGGGAGCACGGAUUGCAGGGGUAGUUGGAGAAGGCUUCGUGGAGGCAAGGCUAGAACUAGGUAGUAGAGAAGCGGAGAAGAUGGGAGAGCACGGAGGAAGCUGAGGAAGCAGAUGUGGUGCCUCACUCUUGCAUCUCUGAGACCUUCCGGAAUGAGAUCCAGGCAAGCCUGGGCUACACCAUAAAACCUUAACAAAAACAGGACAAAGCCUGAUGUGGUUGUGCUGCCUGCGCUACCAGCCCUCAGGAACAGGAAGGCAGAGGUCAGGAUUCCAAGGCCAGCUACGUCAUGACUUUGAAGCCAGCUGGGAUGGCAGGAGACCCUGUCUCAAAUAAAAACAAAGAUAAAUAAGUUUGGGGUAGGGAAAGGCUCUUCAAAAGAUCUCUUAGAAUGUGCAUUUUUGUGGACAUUUAAAGCAGAGGUGGUGGCUGGGAGGUUUUGUCCACAUUGUUGGAGUUUUUCGUGUAUUGGACAUGCUGGACAGAGUCCAGGUUUCCAGCAAAGACCUUUGUUCCCUAAGGCAAGUAAGCUGACCGGUGUUUUGGUCUUUGUGGGAGUUUGAGCAGUAGAGGAAUUGAACUCCUCAGGAAAAUUUAAAACUGUUUUAGGCGGGGUGUGCAGCUGAGACAGGGGGAUUUCGAGUUCAAGGCCUACCUGGAAUGUAUGUGAGACCCUGCCGCACUGUAAGGAGGAGGAAGUGCUGGGCGUGCGCCCCGGUGGUGGAGCGUUUGCCGAAGCAAGGCUCUAGGUUUGAUCUUCAGUUGUGUGCGACCUGUGCAGCGCUGGUCUGCAUGUCUGCCUAUCACAUGCAGUAACCAGUGGGCCGUUCGUGUCUUCCUGGGGUGGGUGGUUUGUUGCUGACUCAGCUCCAUCGCUGAGUUAAACAUUGAUUUAAAACAGGAGUUAACAUAGGAGUGUGCGUGGUGAAAAAGAUGGCCCCACUCAGCCUUGUCCUGUUUCAGCCUAAGGGGAGAGACAGCUAAGUGAGGUAAAAGUUGGGGUGAAGGCUACAGGAGCCUCAGAAUGGCAGGUACUUCAAGUGCAGGAAGAGAAACUUCCUACAGAGGGGAAGGUCCCAGGUAAGAGAACAGAAAGUCCCAGUAGGAGAACAGGGAGUCCAGAAGAGGCAAACGGGAAACCACAGAUAGGUGGCCUGGAGAUUUGGGGAUGGCUCUUCAGAUGAGAGUUUUGAGAAUUUAACCUCCAAGUACUAAAAAGUUAUAGUCUCCUGCUGCUGAUUCAUACAUCCCUUUCAGACUAAGAAUGUUUUUAUGCAAUGGUAAAACACAUCAUUUGUAUGUUAGUAACAAAAAAAAAAAAUCAAGUUUACUGGAGUCUCACAAAGUAAGAAUCUGUCUUGUGUGAAUGGGAUAACUCACUCCUCUGAGUUAUUAGCAAUUCAGAACAGUUGAGCUGUCUCACUCCUGCAUUGAAGCGAUGUCCUCAUCCUGCAUGGGAUUUGAUGGCGUUCUAUGGGGAGGGUCCCCAUACACAGCCUACGGAGAUUCUAGCCUGGGACCACUGCUGGGGAGAAGUGGAGAAAGGAUACUGUGUAACUACCUAAAAGCUUGCACCGUCUCUUCCGUUACAAGAAGACUUCGUUUACCACUGGAAGGCAAUUACCCACUACUACAUAGAAACGUCAGAUGAUAAGGCCCCAGUGACGGAUACCAACAUCCCGUCCCACCUGGAUCAGAUGUUGGACAUACUGGUACAAGAAGAAAACGAGCGGGAAUCUGGAGAGACGGGGCCGUGCAUGGAGUACCUACUCCAUCACAAGAUCCUGGAGACACUGUACACCCUGGGGAAGGCUGACUGUCCUCCAGGAAUGAAGCAGCAGGUUUUAGUGUUCUACACCAAGCUCCUGGGAAGAAUCCGACAGCCCCUGCUUCCACACAUCAAUGUGCACAGGCCUGUGCAGAAAUUAAUUCGACUCUGUGGUGAGGUCCUUGCAACACCGACGGAAAAUGAAGAGAUUCAGUUUCUCUGCAUCGUGUGUGCGAAGCUGAAACAGGACCCCUACUUGGUUAACUUUUUUCUGGAGAACAAGUCGAGGUCACUGACGUCCAGAGCAGCCCCAGGCGCCGCCUCGGAAGAGGAGCCUCGAGGCCAGGGCGCCGAGUCAGCGGAGCCCAGCCAGCAGCCCGGGGCCACGGGCGCGGCCGGGGGGCCCUCGGGGGGCGAGGACGAGCCCCCGGCAGACGAGCUGUCCGCCAGCCUGGACGACCUCAGCCUGGGCCCCGCUCGGCCGAACCACGACUACAACCUCGUGACCUCCCUGCUGAACCUGACGAGGAGUCCCGACGGCCGCAUAGCCGUGAAGGCGUGCGAGGGACUGAUGCUGCUGGUGAGCCUGCCGGAGCCCGCGGCUGCCAGGUGCCUGGCGCAGAGCAGCUGCCUGUGCGAGCUGCUCACGGGCCGCCUCACCGCCCUGUACCAGGCGCUGCCUGCGUCCGUGGACCCGCUAGACAUCGAGACGGUGGAGGCCGUCAACUGGGGGUUGGACUCAUACAGUCAUAAGGAGGAUGCGUCCGCCUUUCCGGGGAAGCGAGCUUUAAUUUCCUUUCUUUCCUGGUUUGAUUACUGUGACCAGCUCAUCAAGGAGGCACAAAAGACAGCCGCUGUCGCUCUCGCCAAGGCCAUCCAUGAGAGGUUCUUCACAGGAGUCAUGGAGCCCCAGCUAAUGCAGACGUCGGAGAUAGGGAUUCUGACGUCAACGGCCCUGCUGCACCGCAUCGUGCGGCAGGUGACCUCGGACGUCCUGCUCCAGGAAAUGGUAAUCUUCAUCCUUGGAGAGCAGAGGGAGCCAGAGACUCUGUCAGAAAUCAGCAGACACCCCCUGAGGCACAGGUUAAUCGAGCACUGUGACCACAUAUCUGAUGAGAUAAGCAUAGUGACGCUGAGGAUGUUCGAGCACCUUCUACAGAAGCCCAGCGAGCACAUUCUUUACAACUUGGUCCUGAGGAACCUUGAAGAAAGAAACUACACGGAGAACAAGCCGCUAUGCCCAGAGGACAAGGAUGUGGUGGAGAACGGGCUGAUAGCAGGAGCCGUAGAUCUGGAGGAAGAUCCAUUAUUUACUGACAUUUCACCAGAUAACACUCUGCCAAGCCAAGAGUGGGUCAGCUCACCCCAUGCCAGUCCAGACCACCCCAAAAAUGAUGGCAAGACGGAGGUCCACAAAAUCGUCAACAGUUUCCUCUGUCUGGUGCCAGAUGAAGCAAAGUCAUCCUACCACGUUGAGGGCACUGGUUAUGACACCUACCUCCGAGAUGCUCACAGGCAGUUCCGGGACUACUGUGCUAUCUGCUUACGGUGGGAGUGGCCUGGAGCCCCGAAACCUCUGGAAAAGUGUGAUUUAGAUGCAGCCUUCUUUGAAGGACAUUUUCUAAAAGUUUUAUUUGACAGAAUGGGAAGAAUUCUUGACCAGCCGUACGAUGUGAAUCUGCAGGUGACCUCCGUACUAUCCAGGCUUUCCCUCUUCCCUCAUCCACACACACAUGAGUACCUCCUGGAUCCCUACGUCAACCUGGCCUCUGGCUGCAGGUCGCUGUUCUCCGUGAUUGUCAGGGUCGUUGGCGACCUCAUGGUUCGGAUUCAGCGCAUUCAGGACUUUACCCCCAAGCUUCUCCUCAUCAGGAAGCGGCUGCUUGGCCUGGAGCCGGAAGGCCCGAUUGUUGACCACAUCACCUUGCUGGAGGGCGUGAUUGUGUUAGAGGAGUUCUGCAAGGAGCUGGCGGCCAUUGCAUUUGUGAAGUACCAUGCUUCUGCCACGCCGUGAGUCCCUGUGACAUCACCCACUCAGCCACGAGAGGGCAGGAAGCCCCGUGAGUGUCGCCUGACCUGGACAGCACGCUUAGGGCUCACGCGUGACGGCGCUCGGCGAGGCUGGUGCUGCUUCCACCAGCUCUGCCAUCUCCAUCCUCUAUGUUUGCACAUUGCUGAAACCCGGGAAGCAAGCGGAUGAGCUCCACUUAGCAGCCUGUGACUGAGAAGCCGCAGAUGUCUCUUUUAGGACUGGCUGUGUUCCUGUUAUUUUAAUAUCCUUUUAGGCAGCAAGGCAUUCUGACAUUCUCUGGGACUCAAGUGCUUACAUUCUUUUGUAUUAAUAAGCAGCAAAAAAAUCACUAAUUUUAUAACUUUUUAAGGUUAAGAUUCUUAUCAUACAGAAUGUUUAGGAAAACUGUAAAUGAGAAAAAAUGUAGUUGAGGAAACAUGGGGAGCGUGUCUAGGAGAUGAGAACGUGGAGAGCACCAUCAACCUCCUCAGCUUUUGUAAGAAUAACAAUUUACUAUGACAGAGAAGUUCUUAAUUAAUAUAUUAUAUAUAUUUUUAAAGAAAUGUUCUUUUACUCUCCUGUGCACAUAGCCAUGUUCGUGGUUGGCUUUCACGUGUGGCUCCCAGUUAAUUUAAACUGUCGUUGUUGCCACAGCAUCGGAUUCAUGUUCAUCCUUGAUAGCAUUUGCUAAAAUAGCAUUUUUAAAUCUAAUUAACAUGCUGGGUGGAGCCCCGCCCCCAGCUCCCUCUGAAGUUGCAUCAAGAGCUUGCUUCCUUCCUGAAGUGAGGGCUGCUGUUAGUGGGGCCUGCCGAGAAGCAGCAGCCAGGUGCCAAGGGCCUCGCAGUGUUUACAUUUGCUUUUCAUUUGUUCAGUCCUCUGUCCUACGUGAUUCUAAAGAUGUAUGUAUUUUAGGUCUCUUCCUGUUCAGUUUACACCUUGGUUAGGGACAGUGAGUGAGUGCUUGGAUGCAGGAUGGCUGGGCAGCCAGGUGCAGGGAACUGCUGCGGACACUGCUGUCCCCUUGUCUUCUGGUCUUCAGGUGACUGAGCUGGUCCCUCAUGCGUGGCUCCGAAGCACAUGUCCGUGUUGAAGUGCUAGAUAGCAGGCCCUGGGGUGUGUCAUGGCAUGCUUGACACGUGGCUCGGUCUGUUUUACUAGUGUUUCUGACUCCUUUUAUAGUUCAGUUUUGCUACUUAGGAACAAAAUAGCAAAAGAUUAAGAAGACCCCAGUCCCAGGCUGCUCGUCGCUGACAGCACAACUACUGUGUGUCUCUAACACGAUGCAGAUCUUUCCUUGCUCGUUCAGGAAAUCCAUUAAGUAAAACCCUGAGGUGGAGAGUGAGAAACAGUGCUUCCCUACGCGGCUUCCCUACAUGGCUUCCCUUCAUGGCUUCCCUACAUGGCUUCCCUACGCAGCCUCCCUUCCAUGGUUUUGAGCGGUGAGAAGUGGCUCCUUUGGUUGUAUUUAUUGACUGGUCUGUGUGAGAGUCACCACAUCACCUCGUUCUGAGAUGUUGCUACAGUCUGUGUUGAUGAAGGUGUGUUUGAAGUGAGGCAUUGAGAGUGUCAGGUAGUUCUUACUGCUCCCGUCAUGCCCUGGGGCUGUGGGGCACUGAGGUGCCCACCCAGACCAAAUACUGGUCCUUCACAGCUGGCCUGAUGCUGGCCCCUCGGAUGGGUGGGCGAAGCUUUAACUGUGUGUUUGCUGCUUCUGAAGAUAGUUUUCCUAAGCUGACGGCCUUGGCCUGUACCCAGCUCUGCUUAACCUGCUUCUCUUCUGAGCUUAAUUUCUCCUUCAUAUUUAAUUCAGACCCAGAGUCAGCAAGUCACGAACUGACUUUGAGUCGGUUUGUUAAGGGAGCAUGUGCCCGGCUCAGACUGUGGACCACCCCUGCCAGUGGUGGCCACGGUGAGCUCCAGACUGAAUUCUAGCCCUCUUCCUGUUUGUGUAAAUAAGAAAUGCGUUGUCUUCGGGUUUAUUUUCAGUAAUGAGCCAUUCUUCACUUGACAGGCCAGGUGUGUCGUCAACAGUUUCUGUUGUAGUGCUCGCAUCACAACUCUGUAAUGUUCUCAUAGUGUACCUGUGCAAUAUGAAGCUGUGAGUGGACUCACAGCUCUGGGCUUAACUGUACAUUGUUGUGUGUGUACACGUGUGUAUAUAAAUGUGUGUAUAUGUGUGUAUGUAUAUAGAUAUAUACAUAUAUAUAUAUGAAAGGACCAAAAUCCUUGGCUUGCUUACACUGUUGCUAGUGUAAAGGUUGUUACAUUUAAUUUUACAGGGCACAGAUUAUAGAAAGACGUCAUGCUUUUCCCGGUAGUGCGGCCAUGACUUGCUACAGUACUCUGCAGUUACCAUUUAGUUGUGAAGUUCACCAUGUAACAGAAGGCGUUACGGUGAAAUGCCAAAUCCACAAACUAUGUGGUAAUUUUACCUUCUGGAUUGUACAAUAAAGUAAAAUCUGCACGUCACUGUGACCCUUGCUGUGUGGACAUAGAGUCCUGCUUCUGGCCCUGUGAAACUGUCACUGACACUGUUUACAUUAAACAGGAUAUUCGGCAGAUCUUCCUGUGAGCGCCGUGUGGGUCUCCAGAAGUGUCUGAAGGUCUGGGGCCCCGGGCCACCCAUGGAGACGCUCCUCAGGUGACUGCUGCCUGCUGUCCCCUCCAGGCAGAUGGGGAACAGCUGCAGCUUUUGCGCCAACAGUGCAUGUGGGACUGAGAGCGAAAUGAAGAAAAUAAAUCAGUGUAAUAUAAACAAAA